UUUAGACUUGGUCAUAUUGGUGAAGACAAUGAAAGAUUUUGAAGCUUAUCUGUAAUUCUUAAUCCAUAUUGCUAAUUCAUCAGUGAUGAUUGUUUAAGAACAUUAAUAAAGCUAACAUACGACUUGUAAAUCAGAGUUUCGUCUGCAAAUAUUCGUUACAGCCCAAAGUAAUACUGACACUAUAGCAAAGGAGUUGAACUUUAGUUUUACGAUGAUCCAUUAUUCACGAUAGCUUCUACAACAACGUAACCUCUUUAAUGGUCUGAGAACAGAACAAAAUAAAACAAUGUCUUCAUCGGCGAAGAAGAUUAUCUCAAAGAUCAUGCCCAAGAGGAAAUCGAGAUCGAGGAACAUCUCGUCAACGGCGUCAUCAUCAGGUGACGAUGAUCGACCGAGGAAGAAAAAAAGUUCACUCAGAGCGAAGGUUCAGAACGUGAAACCUAAGCUGAACCCUCCUUUCCGAAAGAAGAGAUCAAACAUCAAUGUGAGGAACUCCCAGGGUCUCACUCCACUUCAUCAAGCUGUGAUUAAUGGCAACGUAGAGGGUGUCAGAGAACUUCUCUCCAGAAAAGACAUCGACAUAAAUGCCGAAGAUCGUCGCCAUCGGACGCCCCUGAUCAUCGCUUGCGAGAACAACCAGACUGACAUCGCCCUCAAGCUCAUCAAGCACAAGGCGGAUCUGACAGUUUGGGACGAGAACUUCGACACACCCCUCCACAUCGCUCUGAGAAAAGGAAACAGAAUCGUCGCAGAUAGGAUGAUUGAUAGAGCUAAGGCUAAAGGACAUCUGAUAGAGUUGGUGACCGAGCCUAAUUGGAACUGGGUAGCUCCCAUUCACGAAGCUGCAAGAGUGGGCCAUACAGACCUCAUCAGGAAAUGUCUUGAUGAACCUCGUAAAGUAGAAACACACGAUGAGAUCGAGAAACACUACUUUGGAAAUGGAGCCCACGAUGACCGCGACAAUGUGCUCGACCUCCGCGGUGAGAACGAUGAUUCUCUUCUCCAUAUCGCUUCUUCGAACGGGCACGUUGAUCUAGUGGAGCUCCUGGUCCAAAGAGGUGCGAAAAUAGACAGUUCAAAUUGGGAUCUUCGUACACCAUUGCAUCUAUCGUGCAUUGCCAAUCAAAGAGCCGUCGUGGAAUACCUAGUGGAAAAGAAGGCUAACCUUGAAAAGACCGACGUCGACUACCAUACCCCUCUCCACUUGGCAGCAAAUGCAGAGAGUUUUGACGUCAUCAUCGCUCUUCUAGACCGCUAUUACAACAGUAAAGGCUUAACAAAAUCGUCCACCAAAGACAACCACGACACGGUGACCAUUGUCAGUGAGGGUGGAAAGUCAUCGACUGGGUUUGCAGAUGGGAACGAACUCAAUGUCAUCGAGGAAGAGGACGAUGUGACUGUGAUUGAUGGCGGGCAUGAUGACCGAGAAGACGAAAGAGACGGAAUCGAUGGAUCGCUUAUGGAUAUCACUGAUCAAGCAAACGACGACGUCAAUGGAGACAGCAGUACAGUUCAGGGAGGGAUCGACAAAGACGAAUCAAUGGCAGCAGACGAAAUGGUAGAUGAUGUCGAAGAAAACCAAGGUAUUGAUGUCGACGAAGAUGGUGGAGUCGAUCCCGUGGUUGAGCAGCAUGAGCCCACCACGCCUGACGUGGUGGAUGAUAAGACCAGCAUUGCUACAUUCAACGUCGAACAAGUCCCUGAACCGGUUGCCCAACCAAUCAGCGAAGAGAAGGAGGAAUCAUUGGCUGAAUUUAUUGAAUGGGUGGUUAUUGAAGACAGAGCCAAAGUAUUGAAGCUUCUUUUGAGGUACAAGUCGAAGCUAAAUGACGUCAGUGAUGACGAUAUCAAGAAGUACAUGAGACAUGCUGCAAUGAAUGGACAUACUGAGACGCUCGGGGUUUUGAUUCGCUGGAAACCAGAGGUUGUCGAUUUCUACGACGAUGACGGAAAGACACCGCUCCAUCACGCCGCUGAGCACGGCCACGAUGGCGUGGUCCAGGAGCUUACCAAAGCUAGCGCAUCGGUAAAUGCCACAACCAUUGACCCCGUCAAAGUGGGUUACAACAACCACAUCAAUGCCGACGAUGUCACGGAUAAUACCAGAUCCAGCAAGAUGGCACAUGAAAGAACAGCUCUUCAUUUGGCUGCCAUGAACGGAUUCACCGAGCCAGUUCGAUCGCUGAUCAAGGCUGGGGCCGAUAUCAAUUUUCCCGACAAACAUGGGGUCACCCCGCUCCAUUUGGCGUGUAUUGGCGGUCAUCUUGAUGCCUUAAAACAACUCGUCGAACAUGAUGUCGACCUGUUGAGUCGUGAUCAUCGAGGUCGAAAUAGUAUGGAAUACGCCACUGAUGGUGGAAAUGAGAACGUAGCAUACUAUUUGCUAAGUCAUCGCGACUGGAAACAGAUAAUGUCAUCAAGCUCGUGGGAUGAGUAUCAUAAAGACAGGUCAACCCCAAUGAAGAAACUCAUCGAGAAAAUGCCAGAUGUAGCUCAAGCUGUAAUGGACAAGUGUAUUGAAGUCUCUCCAUAUGCUGACCGUAAAGAUGAAGAAUUCUGGAUUGAAUUUUACUACGAAUUCAUGGAGGACUCGUUCUCACUCUGGGGAAAUAACAAUAAAAAUAUGCCUAACACAAACAACAAUAACGACAGCAUAGAGGACGAAACACCAUUAACCGAAACACAAUCUACGCCCGCCAACGUUGAGACAGACACCCUGCAAGAGGGUGAAACACAGGAGGAAGACGGCGAAACACAACAUGGUGAAUCAGAGCAUGGCGAUAACCAAGUCAUCGACGAAAAUCAAGCUGAUGAUGACGAAGGUGCUGUUGAGAAGGAGACGUCAUUCACCGACCAGCCGGAUGACAGUGGUAAGAUCAACGGCGGAUUAAAUGUUGAUGAAGGCGACAUCGAAGCUCAGAAGCCAGAGGGCAUAGGCAGCUACAAAGAGUUACAUGAUGAACAAGAAGAAGUUCCGAUAAUGACGGCGUACGACGAUGACGGUCAUUUGAGAGCCAAAAUGAGACCUUAUUCAAGUAGCUCUGCAAGGAUGGUGAAAAAUCAUCCCCUGAUUGCCAUGGUGAAAUCAGAGCGAACCGACCUCCUCACCCAUCCCCUAGUCGUCAGCCUUCUGAACCAUAAAUGGUCUACCCUCGGUCGCUACGUCUUCUGGCCGUCACUCAUCAUCUACUUCAUCUUCCUGGUGAUGCUAACUGGUUACGUGACGGCGGUUGCACCGCAGUACUAUGCCGACGUUGCCAACGGGACGGAUCUCGAGUGGUUCGGUGACGGCGAGCAGCGCUGGAUCGACGGUAUUCCGCAGGACACUCUGGUUGUUUUUGCGGUCAGUGGUCACUGGGUCAUACUGGUCUUGGUAGUAUUACAUCUCCUGUGUGAGCUUAUUCUUCUGGUGAUCCAGAGACUGUCCUAUUUCCGAUUCCGGAAGCUUGUUGAAUGGUCCGUGUAUAUCUUGGCUAUUCUAUUCGUCAUACCUUUCGCUGGACAGAGUGAAUAUCAACCAAGUAUCUCACUGCGUAUGGGAUGGCAGUGGCAGUGUGGUUCAGUAGCAGUAUGCCUUGCAUGGAUCAACUUCAUUAUGUUCCUCAGACGAUUCUCAUUCAUUGGUCUUUAUGUCCUCAUGUUCAUGGAUAUUCUUCGAAGCUUCUUAAAAUUCAUCUUGGUUUUGUUCUGUUUUCUGAUGGCCUUUGCCCUUGCUUUCUACAUGUUGCUCCUUAAUCAGCCUCAAUUCAACCGCAUUGAGCAAUCCCUAGUGAAGACCAUGGCCAUGAUGUUAGGUGACUUUGACUUCGUUGGGAUCUUCCACAGACAGAACUACCUAGGAACGGAGAAUACUCUGGAUGUUGACGAAGAUGACUUCUUCCUGACAUCCGUCUUCUACAAGGCCAUCACUUACGUCAUGUUUGCUGUCUUUGUUGCAGUGAUGUCGAUCGUCGUCGUCAAUCUUUUGAUUGGUUUAGCUGUCUAUGACGUACACGAGAUCAGACGGAAGGCCAAGUACCAUCGUCUUGCCAUGCGAGUGGAGACUAUCAUGGAGGUCCAGCAGUAUCUUCCGGUCUGUAUCUGGAGGCGGGUGAUGCGAUCCAAGAAGCGGUAUUACCCUAACAACGGAUGCUGCCCGAGGGUGAGGCGUGGGUGCAGAGUGAUGACGGGGGACAGGAGGGUAGUCAAAGACGCGAUCUUGGUCUCCGAGAGGACUGCUGCAGAGGGAGGUUACUUCAAGGAGCGCCUUACCAAUGAUGACUUGUACAUUCACAUGAAGCAGCGACUGGAAUCUAUUGAUGGAAAGAUGAUGACGACGAACAGCCGAACGGCCAGCGAAUACCCGAAGAGAGACGAUGAGAUCCGAAGUAUUCGCGAUCGUUUCGAUCGAAUGGAGAGGAAGAUCGAUGCACUCAUAAGCCGUAAAAAGCUGAAACAUGAGGACGACAUGACACGAGACCCUUCCAAAUAAUCUACAUAAGCUUUUUUCAUUUUGUUUUUCAUAAAUAUACUGGGUUUUUUUUAUGUAUGAAAGAAGAUAAGUAUAGUGAAGUUAUGGGAAAUGUGCAUUUUACAUCGAGGCGACCCGCCGAAACUGCACUGCAGGUUUCAUGCGAGAUAAAGGGAUUCCAUGACAUUUGCUCGGGCGACAAUUUCUCCGCUGUAAAUUCCACACACUAAUCGAAUAACCAACUUCAACCCUGGGUUUUUUUCUAUCUUGAACCGUGUCCUAAAUAUAACAUAUAUCCCUAUUUCAACCCUAACCCUAUAUCUUAGACGAAAUAAAUCCCGGACGUGUCACCAGAUAAAGAGAUCAAGAUUGAGGGUUUAAAUGUGAUUAUGUAUAUUCUAACGUAAGGUAAUUAAUACAAUGGUUAAGAUGUACAUAUAAUAAGUCAUAUUUAUUCUUGAACAAUAUAUGCAAUGUACAAUCAGUUGGAAAUAUUUUAGGAGUAUUCAUUUUUGGUAAUUUCAGACUAUACUGUAUCAUUUUCUGUAUUUCAAACUCAGUUGGUUGUCAGCAUAAUGCCAUACUUCCUGUGUACCUCCUCCCAAUUGUUUAGUCAUUUAGAUUCAGUGACUUCCAAUAUGUCGGGAAUUCCUGACUAUAGAGAUGAUAAGGCCGGAGAAUGACCACCCCCCUCCCCCCUCACUCGUAACGAUUAAGCAAACUUUUUUCCUCGUAUUCGCAAAUGAGACAAAAAUAUAUACACACAAUUGUUACUCGACCCAGUACUAUUCUAGUCGAAUACAUUGUUCCUGAGUUAUAAUGUACGUCUAGUUCCCUCAUCAUAAGCCUUUUUACGUGUUCGAGGGACUUCUUCCUUACGCCAUAAUCAUUAUAUUUCAGAAACACUUUUAUUCUUUGACUUUCUGUAAAAUCUCCCGUAAGCUAGCAAAUUGUCUUUACCAGCUAAAAAUUAAGUUGAGAAGUACGAACUUUUUCAUAAUUAUUUUUACAUAUUAAUUCGUUCGUUUUUGUUUGUUUCAAUUUUUCCUUUCAUGUAAUUGUACGUAUAGUGUGUUGGUUAAAUCAAAUACCAUAUUGAAAAGAACAGAUAUUAGUAUGUUCGUAUUCAAUAUACAUAUACCCGAAUUCACAAAGGUGUUUUCAACAAUGGUUUAAAUGAGUAAAUUUAACACAUGAAUGUUUAAUUUGCAAAUCAUAAACGCCGGGUGGGGGAUCAUUGUGAAAUGUCAUCAUUAUUAUGGCGUCAAAUAACUAUUUCAUGCAUUGGUUAACAAUGACACACCAUUGUGAAUUUCAGCUGUUUCGUCAUGUUGGUUGUAUGCUGCUAUACACAGUAAAAAAAUAGCACAUUGUUUAAGCCUGUCACUCUAACAACAAGUUGUUUAAACUUUACACUUUAAAAAAAACUUGUUUAAAAAGUUUUGACAGUUGUUUAAAAAGUUAAAAGUUUUAAAAGCUUAAAAUUCUACAACGUGCUUAAAAUAUUUUAAACAACGUUCUUACAGUGUAUAGAUUAAUAAAUUACGUAGAGCAAAGAUAC